UGUGGCUUAGAAUCGGGGUCCUGACACACUAGGUGUACCAGCAGAAGUCUGUGCUUUCCAUGCGUCAAACCCAAGAGUUGAUGAAAACUUGCCAUUGCUUGGUUGCUCUUGUUCCUAAAAUUAGAAGUUGGUCAAUGAACAGAAAUUAGCUCAUAUUAGCAAGGUGAUGGGCCAUAGUUAUCACCUGUACGUAUGCAUUCUUCGUCGUUGAUUGUUUGUUUUUUUCACCUAGGGAUCUUAGUUCCUGUAACAUGAAAUGCAUAGAAUGAAAAUAUAGGAAGUUAUGGGUAAAAUUGAUGUUGUAGUAUCACUUACCUGGAGUUCCCUUUUGAGGUCUCCAACUUCCCUUUUCAGGUCUCCAACUUCGUCCUCGAGCUUGGACAACCUAGGUUGAGUGGCAAUUUUACCCCUUAUUUUUAUCACGUCUUCGGUCAUGGGACCAUGGAUUCAAAGGCACGGCACAACCGUGUGGAUGAUGACAAGUACUUGCAUCAGGCGCGUCAAGAGAUGGAAAAGAAUAUGCAGCGGGAGCAAGAGGUGAUGGACAAGAAUCUGAAGCAGGAGCGGGCAACCGUGGACCGCAUGAGGAAGGAGGAGUGUGCAGCCAUGGAACAGAUGAUGAAAGAGGAGCGUGCAGCCAUGGAUCAGAGGUUGAAGCAUUUCCAUGACGAUAUGGACCUAAAGUUGAAGCAGGAGCGCAAGAACUUGGAUCACGCUAUGCAGCUCGAGCGUGGCAGGAUGGAAUUCAAUAUCAUGCAGGCGCGUGCGAACAUGGACCUUAUGUUGAAGCAGGAGCGUAAUGACAUGAAUCACAAGACCAAGAUGGAGGAAAUCCGCAUGGAAGGGAAUAUAAUGCAAGACCGCAUUCUACAACUCGAGCGUGGUAAGAUGGGCUUCAAUAACAUCCAGACGCGUGUGGGCAUGGACCUUAACUUACCACAUGACCGCAAUGAUCUGGAUUACAAGGCCAAGAUGGAGGAGACCCGCAUGGAAGGAAAUACGAUACAGGACCAUGCUAAUACACGCCUGAAGGAUGACAAGGCCAAGAUGGAGGAGAUCCGCAUGAAAGGGGGUAUGAUGCAAGACCAUGCUAGUAUAGGCACGAAGUACCUCUACAUGUAG